AUGUGAUCACUUAUCAGCUGAUUCGUGACGUUUUACAAGGAAGGCGAAACUCGACAACAAAACAUGGUACAUUUACUUGCCAAAUUACUCCCUGAAGAAUGCCCAAAACUAUUACACAGGGUGGUGGAUAGUGUAUGUGGGCGGGAGUCCCCUCGGAUGGCAGACUAUGGUGACAUGUGGACCCUUGUAGAAUGGAUGGAGGUCCUCGACUCCCUCUCCUCUCUGUUCCGGCUCGCCGUCGGUAAGAACACCCCAGAUGAAGAGGUGCUGGCAUCGUUGGCAGACGUGGGCCGGGGGUACGGUGAGGCAGUGCUGACCGUCCUGAGGGCCAGACGGGAGGAGAUCCGCCAGGCGCUGGUGGAGAGGACCAAUAACGUGUCUAGCUCCACCCUCCAGGACUUUGACUGGCAUAUAAAGCUGGCAUUGGCCAGCGAUAAGAUCUCGUCUCUCCAGACCCCUCUACUCAACCUCAGUUUGGACGUGAAGGAGAACGGGGCCCUGAAGCCUGUGUCUGUCGAGAUGAACCGAGAGGAAUUACAAACACUCAUCAGCUCAAUGGAGGCUGCCAAUAAGGUGGUACUACAGCUGAAGUGAUGGUGGCGAUAGACAUUUAUUUCACUGUGCCCUUUCAUCUAUGGCUCUUAAGGGGACGUGCAAUUUCAUCAUAGAUGGACACUGAACUAUGAUGCAGUGUCUUUCUGGAAACAGUGGUCUGAUCCAGAUACAGCUUUUAGCCUUCAACCCCCUUAGGCACUGAUUCCUACGCUUCCCCUAAUGAAUUCAAAAUCAUUGAAUUUGUGUAAGCAUGGGAUUGUGGGUGUUGCGCCAUAUUCCAUUUAUUUUCAAUCCAUGAGGGGGUGUGAAUGAGUGCACAUUUUAGGGAAAAGGAUAUAGAAUCACACUGCAGCCUAAGAGACUGCAGUAAGAAGUAGUCUUUUGUGCUGUUUUUUUUGUAAUCCAUUCUAUUACUGUGUAAUAAAUAUUAACGUUUGA